CUCUUCCCCAAUUCCCUCCUCCUCCCUCCUCCUCUGCAAUGCCGCAGACUCCGCCAUCGCCGCCGGGUGCUUUCCACUCGCUGCAGAGGCAGUUUGUGCAGCAGCAGCAGAUACCUCUGCAACAACAACAACAGCAGCAGCAGCAGCAGCAGCAUCACCACAGCCAACACCACCCUGCCCACUCCGCCCUGCCCCAGCUAAACACCUCCGCCCAGAGUAUACCUUCCGGUCCGCGCUCUGCGUACACAAAACCUUCUAUCUACAGGGAUCGCGAUUACCGCUGGGAGCGCGACCGCGACAGAGAUAGAGACAGAGACCGCGACAGAGACCGCGACAGGGACAGAGACAGAGACAGAGACCGCGAGUACAGAGCUGCAUGGGACCAUCGUGACCGCGACCGAGACAGAGACCGCGACAGAGAACGUGAUAUCCGCGACCGUGACCGUGACCGGGACCGCGACCGUGAUCGCGAUCGUGAGAUUCGCGACAGAGACCGAGACCGCGACCGAGACCGCGAUCGCGACCGGGACCGCGACCGCGACUACUGGACAGACAACAGAGACCGCGACCGGGAUCGCGACCGCGAAGGAAGAGAUAUCAGAGACAUCAGAGACAUCAGAGACGUGCGUGACCUGCGAGAUCGCGACCGCGACUACGGUCCGCGCUCCGCAGAUUCAUACUACGACCGACGCCCGUCUCUAAACUCGCUCCCGUCCGCGCCUGUCCAAUAUUCUCGCCCCCGUCCGCCCGCGCGAUAUCUCUCGGACCGCGACCGCGAACGAGACCGCGACCGCGAGCGGUUCACGAGAUCGCCACCGUCGUUCCAUGGACCGCCGCAAUCUCGGCCGACUCCGUUCAUUCCUGCUGGUCAGCGAUUGCCCAUCAGUCCAAAGCAGCCGCUUUCUCCUUAUGACCGAAGGCCUACUGAUAAGCUACACAUCAAUCCAAUGACUCCAGGCGUUCCUCAACCAUACCAACCACAACCUCACGACAGCAGACAGUACGACUACUUCUCAAAACAUCCAGGCACCCCAUCCACCUUCCCCCCGCCAAACCCUCCCCAAUACCCGGCCCACUCUAUUCUCAUCCCCCAACAGAGCCAAAGCAAGAUCGUCUGAGAGCAAGAGAGCACCAGCAGCAAUUACUGCUAUCGCAGCCGGUCAAAACUGAAACAUACUCCACCUCGCCACCUCCGCACUCGGACUCAAAACC